ACAGUCAUAUCUAAAAGGCAAAGCCUUUGUCUUGAAUGCCCUUAGGGCAUAUAUAUACACACACAGAUAUAUAGAGUGGCAAUUCUGAAAAAAAUGAAUGAAAAAGGGUUUGAUGCUAUCUGCACCAAUAAGACGCAUGUUUUAUGGUCACUACUCUGAAACUUAAGGGUUCAAUUCUUACAUAUAAUGUGUGUGUGGGUGCGUGUUUUGUGUUAUGCAGGCUAGUAUGAGUAGGGCUUCAUCCUCUCCUUUUUAAAGUCACGAGACCUUCUGUUGUUUCAAUAUUAGUGAGAGAGAGGGAAUAGGGAUGUCUCCACAAGAGCUGGCAGAAAGAAAAAACUGAUAGAGAACUUUCAAGGCUCCUUUCUUCAACAUCACUCAACUAAUAGCCUCCAAACUGAAGUCUUAUAAUCUCCCAAGCUUUAGUUCUCAUCCAUCUCCCAUCCAAUAAACAAAAUCACAAUUUUUUAAAUAUACUCAUCUGUAUUUCUUUGUCGUCUCCAUGAGACCAGAGGGAAAUCCACUAGACCUCAACAACUUACCUGAGGAUUAUGCAAGAGAUGCCAAACUUGUCUCUGAGGACAGCUCCUCUUCUGCUGCAGUAUACAGGAAAAAGAAAAGCGGCGCUAAGGAAGGAAAAGAUGAAGCCUCUAAGGUCUAUGAGUGCAGGUUUUGUUCCCUCAAGUUCUGCAAAUCUCAAGCCCUCGGCGGCCACAUGAACCGCCACCGCCAAGAGAGGGAGACUGAGACAUUGAACAAGGCAAGGCAACUGGUUUUCACCAAUGAUUUAGCUCCCACAGGCCACCUAAGUUAUGUCUCAACAGGGCAGCCGGUUCCGCAAGGAGGGGAGGGACCGAUGCCGUUCAGGCCUGUGUAUCCGACGAGGAUGAUGCCUCCUCCGCCACCACCGCAUGGAGGGGGUUACAUGUACGCGUCGCCGCCGCGGAUGGUGUCGUUCCAUCCGGAAUACUUGGUGGGGCAUGUGAUGGAGGGGGAGAAUAGGUACACGUGCAUAGGGGCGCCGGUGGGGCAGGGGUUCGCCGGCGGUGGUGGUAGAAAUGAGGAGGAAGGAGUGGGGUGGGGCCGGAGGUAGACAGGGACAAGAUUGGAAAACGUUUUGGAUUGUAUAUGUCGAUCAAUCCGCAUCAACAUGGAUUCUUUUCUUUUGUUUUUCUCUCUGUUUUUUACUAUCAUAACUGUUUUGCUCUUAAUUUCUCUCUCUCUCUCUCUCUCUCACUCAGACACAAUCAAUCCAAAAACAUGCUGACAAAUCUUUCAAUGCUCA